AUACCAUUUCACAUUACAACUUCAUUAGGCAUCCAAUGGCUGAAGCUUUCAUAUCUAGUUUUUUCCUUGACAUCCAGAUUUGAUCUGCUCAGCAGAUUUAAAAAUGGCUGAAGCUGGCUGGGGAAGGAAGUUGUGCACGGUUCCUGAACGUGCAAAGCUGCACAUAGCCUUGGUCGUAUAUCAGUUUGGAUAUUCCGGGAACCAUAUCAUCUUCAGAGCUGCACUUAAUAUGGGUGUCAGCAAACUGGUUUUGCCACUUUACAGGAAUAGCAUCGCAGUGUUUUUGCUGUUUCCCUUUGCAUAUUUUUUUAGAAAAGUAUAUAGGCCUCCACUAACCAUUUCUUUCCUCGUACAGUUCUUUCUUCUGGGACUCGUUGGAAUUACUCUUAACCACUUAUCCUACAUAUUGGGUUUGGCCUAUACAUCGCCUACCUUCGCUUCAGCAAUAGAGAAUUCUGUCCCAGCAGUAACGUUUCUCAUCGCAAUCUUAUUCAGAUUAGAGCAAGUGCGCUUGGACAGAAGAGAUGGUAUAGCAAAGGUGCUUGGAACUCUGGCUUCUGUUGUUGGGGCUUCAAUCAUCACUCUAUACAAAGGACCAACCAUUUAUUCCCCAACUUCAAACCCAAACCAAUCUCACCAUUUGGUGCCUUCAUUGGGAGAUUCAGAGGAUAAAAACUGGACCUUGGGCUGCAUCUAUUGCAUAGUUCACUGUAUAUGUUGGUCUAGCUGGGUGGUUUUACAAGCACCUGUCCUGAAGAAAUACCCAGCUCGGCUUUCACUCACCUCGUGUACUUGCUUCUUCGGUGCUCUGCAACUUUUGGGAAUUUCAGCGACAUUGGAGAGAGAUCACCAGGCCUGGCAGGUUCACUCUGGCGGUGAACUCCUCUGUAUUCUCUAUGCGGGAUUUGUGUCUUCAGGUAUGGCUUUUGCAAUACAGAUCUGGGUGGUUGAUAAGGGAGGGCCUGUGUUUUUCUCACUCUAUCUGCCUUUACAGACCUUACUUGUUGCUAUAAUGGCUACUGUGCUAUUAGGUGAAGAAUUUUACCUGGGAGGGAUUUUGGGAGCAUUGUUGAUCAUACUGGGAUUGUAUCUGGUGGUGUGGGGGAAAAACAAAGAGAGCGAGUUAGGAAAUGAUGGAUUUCCUUCACCAUCUGACAAAGGAAUGAGUCAAAGCAAAUCAUCCCUGGUCCAAUCAUUACUUCCUACCUCUAAUAAAUGGUCAACGGUUCUGAUGUGAGGUAGAAGUUACCCUGAUCAUGAUCCUACGGCAUACAUCUUGCCUACAUGAUGUCCUGAUUUCAAGUCAGACUUUGGUUGCCGAUAAAGUGAAAGAACGCAAUUCACCGAACGUGAUAGGCUCAAAGUAUGUGCUUAUAUGCAAGGCCAAAAGACUGACCACACGAUCUCAAUAAUUGAAGAAAAUGUUCUUUUCAUUGUUCUCUCUUUCAAUAAUCAGAUAAGAGAAAUAAAAAUAGUGACACAUUUCCUGAUCCAAACCCAUGUGUACUUUUCUCCCCCAAAUAAUAGAAACUUAAUAUUAUGUCUGAAGUUUGGAAAACUAUUAAGAAAAAAGGAAGCUUUUUCAGUUUUUUUUGUUGUUCAAGCUGAUGAUGAUCACUUGUCGCAAUUUUGGAAUUUUCUUCCAAGUCGAAGAAUCGAAAUUUUAAUGAACCACUGUUUUGGCAUAAUAUAAAUACA